AUGAACACCUUUUUAGUUUCACGAGAGUUUCGAAUCAUAUCUCUGCAUAUUUCUGUGGGUUGUGUCUUUUCAGAAUCAUCUUCAUCUUCGCCGCCACCGCCUUCCUCUUCUUCAUCCUCUUCCUCUUCUUCAUCUCCUUCAGAGUUAUCAUUAUCAUCAUGCGCUGUUAGAUUAGUGUUGCCUAUACUGUGA